CUCUACUUGUCAUUCUGCCACAGACCCUCAUUGACCUAAUCUCGAUGCCUCCCAAGAAAGCUGUAGCCAUGGGAUCCAAGUCCAACAAGCGGCAAAAACUCGAUGAUCACUCCGCAUCGGCGGCCGAUACGAGCGAUAAGGUUUUGAGCAAAGAGGAAGAGGAAGAAAUGAGCUCUGCCCUGAUUGCUCAACUGCUUGCCCAAGAAGGUGGCGAUGAUCACGCAUAUUACGCGGAAUACAACAACGAUACAAACUAUGGCAGCCUGGGAGACGCGGACUACUCGGACGAUGAUGACGACUAUAGGAAUGACUACAACUAUAGGCCAAAGUCCAAAAGCAGACGUAGCGGAGGGCAUGCGAGGAAGAGGACAAAAAAAGCGCCUCCACCACCGCCGCCGCCAUCGAAGCCGACCCCUAAAAAGGCUGCUGUCACCAACGCAUCAGAAUCGACCAUUGACACAGCAAGUACCAGCGACAGCACCGUAGUCGUAGCGGAUUCUGCAGACCCGCCUGUGUCCAAGGCCUCGAUGGAUGACCAGAGCACAAAAGUUCCAGCAUCAACGUCCGUGACGUCGUCCACUCCUGCCGCUCCACCCAAGGAAAAGAAAAUCAAGGAGACGGCGCCUACAACAAAGACGGCCGUGUACAAUACGGGUGUAUACUCAGAUGUGGAAGAGAGGGCAUUUGUGGAGGCUCUUGAUAUAUUUGGUCGUAACUGGCGCCGUGUGGAAGAACACGUUGCGACACGCGACGCCAAUUCUAUCAGGAGUCAUGCACAGAAACACUUUAUCAAACUAUUCAGGGACAACAUACCCCUCCCACCCAAAGUGCUGGAGACAGGACCUGGAUACACUCUUUCUGGAAACGAUCUUGACCCAUAUUCGUCUGCUGCGCGCCCAUAUCUAUCACAGAGGGCACUGGACGAUCCCUCUCUCCUUCCUGCUCAGGGCGGUACCAUCUUCACACCGCAAUCUGGGGCGCUAGCGAAAGCUGAGAGGGCCUUGGCCAAGGAGAAAAAGGCGGCAGUGCCCGCAGAGAAUGUCAAGGAAAGCGCGAAGGAUGCUGUUGUAAAGGAGAUGAAGGAGCUGAGAAUACGCAAGCCCACGAAGCCAACCAAGGAGUCAUCUAGCUCAUUAUCAGACCUGGCAUACGCAGGAAGGACAGACUACUCCAAAGCAAGACUUCGUAAUGUCAGGGAACGUCCGUCUAUCAAUUAUCGCCAAGCAGCAGCCGACCUGGAUCCCCUCACCAUGGUCAAGUGCGAGCCAUUCUGUGGACAGCCCAACUCGGGUGUGCUCGGUUGCCAACCAUUUGGAAUCAAAGUCCAGUCAAACGUUCUCUUGGGCAUGGAUUUCCACGCUCACCUGAUGACCUCAGAGAUUAUCGGGUUCCUUGCAGGUGAAUGGGAUGUAGCAACUAGGACCAUCCACAUCAAGGCUAUUUUUCCUUGCCGCUCUCUGCCAACUGGUCAAAACCAUAUCAAUGUCGAGAUGGACCCGACAUCUGAGUUUGAGGUGCGACAAGAGAUUGAAAAGAAGAACAUGAGGAUCGUAGGCUGGUAUCAUUCGCAUCCCACCUUUACUCCAGAUCCAUCCUUGGUCGACAUUGAGAAUCAGACCAAUUACCAGAGCCUCUUCAAGGACGAAUCUAUGAACGAGGAACCGUUCGUAGGGGCCAUUGUUGGCCCGUAUGAUGAACAUUUGCCUGGCUUGUCCUCUGUCAUCAACUGGUUCUACAUCAGCCAGUUGCCUCAGGAACGCGGCCACCCUAAGCGACUCUUGUAUGACUUGAUCGAGGAUGCCGAAUUGCCUGAGGAAGAAAUGGGAACAUGGACAAAGCUUUUUGAUGAGUACAGGGACUCGCCCGAGAGGAUAAACUUCAAGGAGCAAUGGCGACAUGAAGAAUCAGAGACCAAGCUUCAGAAAAUGCUCGUCUCGCUCGGAAGGCGCAUGCCGUGGCUGAAGAACAGCUUGCUGAAGGGUAAGGACAGCAAAGACAGCUCAGACGAUGCAGGGACUGCAGACGACUCAAACGUCGCACUGGAAUCAGACGCCACGGAAAUGGCUGAUGUUGUGGGUGAGAAGGCCGAAGAAGAGUUAAACGCACCAAAGGAUUCCACUGCGGGCGAAAUCAUUUCGACCUCGGAGUCUCCUGACAACGAGACAUCGAUGGAUGGCGUCGAGCCCAAUGGCCAGGACUUUAUGGAAGGAUCGUUUACCAGCGAUGCGACCAACGGACACGCCCUCGAGAGGAGCCUCAGCAAUGAGAGCAGUGAAUCCAGUGGCAGCAAGUCGCUGAUGGGACUUGGAAGCUUGAUCAACGAUCCAUUUUUGAUCCGAGUGGAGCAAGAAUUGGCAGCAUGGGAGCCUGUUGCUGUCUGAAGUGAUCCUCGAUAUUUGUACAUUUCACAAACAAGUCGACCUUGUUGAUACGUCUUUCACUCCUACUGCAUCCAUCACACGAAUAUACUAUUAACUCUGUGCUGUACUCCUCGAGCAAUUGAAAAGAAAUCUGACU